GUUCGAGCGGGUUCUCUCUGAAAUCUCUUCUUUUCAGUACGAUUGUAGUGGAUUAAGUGCGAGAAAAAUUUUUAAUUUUAAAUUUUCUGUGGUUUUUUUGAGGAAUUUUGGAUUAUCAUUUUUUUUUCUCAUCGAAUAGGAAGGAAUAAUUUUAUGAAUUUACGAUGAUUAUCCGUUGGCAGCUAAUUUUCGGUUUACUAUUAACAUUCACGUGGAAAACAAUCGCUAAAAAAGAAUCCAAAACAGAAGAAACUUCGAAAUGCCCCAUGUUGACAGAAUGUCCUUACCCUCAGGAAUCCUGCACAGAGGACGAAGAUUGCAGGGCAGACGCCCUUUGUUGCAGCAGUCCCUGCGGAAAAGUUUGCACUAAACAGUUAUUUACAGGAUGCCAAACGCUGCGAAUGGCGGCGUCGCGACGCGCCAAAGCGCUCAGCGUCGGGACGCCCGGCGUCCGAACGCCCAGGUGCAGCAAAUCGGGUGGUUUCGAGCCCAUUCAAUGCGACAACGAAAUCGUCAGCUCCUGCUGGUGCGUCGACGAAGCCGGAUUCGAAUUAGCAGGAACUCGGGCUCCUGCAGAGGCCCUCGUUAAUUGCACUGCGCCCAAACCUUGCGCGGAUCACACGUGUCGCAUGUUCUGUCCUUACGGGUUCUCCCUGGAUAAAGCGGGAUGUCCGCUUUGCAAGUGCAGGGAUCCCUGCGAGGGAGUGAGAUGCCCGGGGAGCCUGGAAUGCCGUCUGGAAGAGCUGGCUUGCGCCGAUCCCCCUUGUCCCCCCGUUCCUACAUGUAAACGUGGAAGGUCCUUGGAAAAUAUUUGUCCUGUCGGUGAUCCUUUACGAAUCAGCGAUACAGCCAGGCCUUUUCUAUGCGGAAAUGAUCCGGGAAAACCUCAAUGUCCGCCGCUCUAUCAGUGUUUUGUACAGACAGGAAACGACUACGGCGUUUGUUGCCCAGCAUCCUUAAAAAUCCAAAAAACCGGCACAUGUCCUGCUAAUAAGGACUCAACAACGCCCCAAAAUUGCGACAGAUCCUCCUGCACGCACGAUCUGGAAUGUCCUUCCGUACAGAAAUGCUGCGACAUCGCAGAAUGUGGACGGUCCUGCAUCCAUCCCACCAACGUCACAGAAUGUCUACACCAGCGCUCCCUAUCGGAGAUUCUGGCCGUCAGCGAAAGAUCCGGCAGGGGCUACGUGCCCCAAUGCACUGAGGACGGUCGAUUCGAGACGAAACAGUGCAGCAGGAACGGCUUGGUUUGCUGGUGCGUCGACGAAGGCGGCAGGAAGGUGAAAGGUUCGAUGGGCGCCGCCGAUGGAGUGGAUUGUUCCAUGAUGGAAGAGGAACGCGUUAGAACGAUGGCGAGAAGCCUCAGGAAAACCCCCGAAUCCUGCGAGGUGUUAGAAUGCGCCCAAGUCUGCGAGUACGGCUUCAAAUCGGACGAAAGCGGCUGCGAUUCCUGCAAGUGCGACGAUCCCUGCGAUGGAUUCACCUGUCCCGAAGACGAGGAAUGCAUCAACGUCAAGGAAAACUCCUGCUCGGAUUUCCUCUGUCCCACCGUUCCCGUUUGUCGUCCUAAGGCCGUUUACGCGAAUCCUUGCGACCAAGGGGCCCCGUUAACCGACGAUUCGAGCGGGGCUCCGGUGGCGUGCGCGCUUCGCUCCGAGACGGGCGUCGUGUGCCCGACAACUCACGAAUGCACGGCCGUCGCAGGAUCCACGCAAGCCGUGUGUUGUCCCGUUCUCAAGGACCAAUUACUCGAAGAGUCCCAGACCGAGUUGUCCGAGGAUUACGUGCAGGAUAUGAGGCCUCAGACGAUGUGCGAAUAUCUCCACGAAUUCUCCUCGAGCAUGGAGGGAACGAGAGAGGGAAUGUCGCUGGCGUUGCCUACGCCCGAUUGCGACGCGCACGGUAACUAUUUACCGUUACAAUGCCAGGAAAACUCCUGCUGGUGUGUCGACAACUUCGGCACGGAAAUCCCGAAUACGAGAGACAAGGACGCGACUAUGGAGAAUUGCACGGCGCUGAGAGAGAAAUCCGAUUGCGUUGAUUUGACCUGCAGGAUGGGCUGCGAAUACGGAUUCGUCCUCGACGAACAUACAGGGUGUCCGAAAUGCACUUGCAGAGAUCCUUGUACGGACGUCACCUGCAAGGAUAAUGAACAGUGCCAAUUGGUCGAAGUGAGCUGUAAGGAUCACUAUUGUCCUCCUGUACCGGCAUGUCUACCAAAAAAAAUCGGCCAAUGCCCUUACCUCAUACCGGCGUCCACGACCUCCUGCGACUUCGAAUGCAACUCGGACCUCUCCUGCAACGGCACCAGCCGGUGCUGCUCGAACGGCUGCGGCACCCAAUGCCUCGAACCGCUCCUGCUCACCGCCUGCCAGCACCAGAAGCUCCUGCUCGAACACCAAUCCCGCGAAUCCGGCAUCCCCGCCGGAAAGACCUACAUCCCCUCCUGCGAACGGGACGGUUCGUACAGCCGCCGCCAGUGCGAUCCAGGCGCGCAGGAAUGCUGGUGCGCCGACUCCAGGGGCUUCGAGAUGGCCAAAACUCGCGCCCGAAACGUCUCCUGCGACGCUCCCGGUGUCCUAGACGAGUGUACUUCCCCGGAUUGUCCGUACGACUGCGAGCACGGCUACGAGUUGGACGGCAGGAGCGGCUGCAGGACGUGCCGGUGCGUCGAUCCCUGCGCCAGCGUCUCCUGCCGAGGCGAAGGCGAGACCUGCAGGUUGGUGCAGGUGGAGUGCUUGGAUUGGCCUUGUCCCGCGGUGCCGAUGUGCCUGCCCAAAAAGGAGAAUCCCUGCCAGAACGGCGGGGAGCCUUUGAAGCUGGGUAGUACCGAGGAAUUGGUCACCUGCGGGCCCGAUUACGAGAAUUGUCCUUCGUCGCACAAGUGCCAGUUGAGUCCUGUCGGAGAGUAUGCCGUUUGUUGUCCCAAACCCAGGGACGUUUGCUUCGAACCAGUCGAUCCAGGACAAUGCUCGGAACCCUACGAAAGCAGGAAUCUAACCAGGUUUUUCUUCAACUCGAAGACCAACAAAUGCGAACGGUUCGUUUUCACCGGAUGCCAGGGGAACCACAAUAACUUCCACACCGAGAACAUGUGCAACAUCGUUUGUCCAGUGCUAAGCCAGUGCGAGCGACUGAGAGAGAAGAACCAAAGAGCCUCGGAAAUGUACAAGAAACCGACAUUCGCGCCGAGAUGCGAUCCAGCGACGGGAGCCUGGCAGGCGGUGCAAUGUCUGGAACACGUCGGAGUGUGCUGGUGCGUCUCGCCCGCGGGCGAGCCUUUGAAAGGCACCCUGAUCAGGGGCGAGGAGCCCGAAUGUAACUUCAGGCAGGCCAGGCGUCAGGCUUCGAAUAGGUCGGGUUUCGACGAGGAUUCCGAUAUAGUUUUGGAGGAGCUGCUGAUGCAACUGGGGACCUUCGAAAGCGCCCACGUGGAGCAGGAGAGCAGCAGGUGCAGGUCCUUGGGCGGGCAGUGCGACGAAGAUGGUAAAUUCCUGGCUAUGCAAUGCGAAGAGGAGACCUGUUGGUGUGUGGAUGAAGCUGGAAAUCAGUUGGUUAACACCAAUACUUUCCAGAAAGGGGAGAAAAUUUGCUUGACUACUCCCGUAGAAAAGGUUGAGGUAACGUUAGGCUUUAGAGGAGAAUUCGACGAGGUUUCCGCGAUACCAGUAAUCAAUGAAAUCGCUAGAAUCAUCAACAAUUUAAAAGGAAACAUCAACGAUGAUGGCAUAAAAACCUCCAUUGAACCCGAUAUGCUUCAAGUGAAUUUUUCGCUAAUUGGAAGUAACAAAGUGGACGUUGCUUAUAAAUUGGAACAAAUGGUUAUACAACAAGGUUUGCCCGGCCUGACGGCCGACAUAACCCAAUCGAGGGUUAUACACAAAUUGCUGAGCCAAAUGGACGAGACUUCCGAGAAAUUGUUGAGCUCUGAACAGCGAGAAAUCGUCUCGCAAUCGCCCGUUUCCGUUAUCGUUCCUUAUCACACGGCCCUAAUCGUGAUCGCAGCCGCUUCGACGUUCAUUAUAUGCGUUUUGACGCUGCUGGUGUUGCUCUAUAGAAGAAAGAUGCACAACAGUUUGAACACGCAGAAAAUUUCGAUCGAUUCGAACAGAUUCAUUUCGACGUCGUCGAAUCAUCCGAUUUACAUCGAAUUGCCCAACGAGAAAGGCUCCCUGGCGAUUUGAAAUUUACAAUCUAAUUUAUUAAUUUAAAUUAUUAUUUUUACGUUUAAAUUGAUACUGAAUAAGCCAUUCCGAUGAAGGUGGAUGAAAAGCGUCUAUUGUGAUUUUAUUGAACGUAUAUCAUAAGUAAGACUAUGUAGUUUUUAAUUUAAUUUGUACAGUUAAUAACAUAAUAUAAUUAUUUUCGUAAUAUGUAAAAUAUGAUUACAAUAUAUGUAAGAAUAAAAAAUUGCCUCUCUUAGCAUUAAAUAUUGCCAUUAAAUCAUCAAUAAAGUAUGAGAAACGAUAAAAUUCUCUUAGAAAUAAUAAAAUUACGCAUUU